AUGAAAAAGAAUCCUAAAAAGCCCUUGAAACAGAAAUCAUUUAGCUUAUUAACAAGCCAGCUUACAAAAGUGGGCUACAAUGUCUUUGACAUUACAGAUUUCAAAAAUGCAUUAAAUCAAAAAGGAGAUAUUAUUUUAUUAAGGGCAAUUUGGAUUCAGUUUACUAAAAAUAUAGUCCGAAAGACAAAUGUGAGCAUAGCAAAAGGCAUACAUCAACUUAACAACAACGUUUUGGCACUUACAAAAGAAAACAAAAGACGUUAUUUUGAUAAAUGGAAAAGUAAAACAAGUAUUUUUGCCGAAGAUGAAAAUUCAGAGAAUCUAUUUAUAUUUGAUGAUACAGAAAGCUCGAGUUCAGAUAAUUUACCAGAUUUACCAAAAUUAAAUCAAGAAAAACUUAAUGAAGCAGCCAACAAACUACAAAACAGCGCAAAGCGCAAGUCUCCAGUUAAAACAAGAUCAUUAAAACAUGAUUCUUCUCCUAAAGCAGAAAAAAUUCAACAAAAUUUGCCUGUUGAACAAAAGAAACCUACAAAGAAACUCAAGAGAAUUAAAAGAAAACCUGUUAGUCCACAAAUUACCCUUCCAACAUCAACAGAAAUUUGGCAACAAUAUUGUAAACGGGUUUUACUCAACAAUACAAUUAACUUGUGCAAGAAAUACCAAAGAAAUCUUAUAGCCUACGAUGAUUGGCUCUUUAUGUGCCGAUCCAUGAAGAAUCUACGCUAUAUUCAAGUUCAAAAACUUUUUGAAGCCAGAAGAAAAUGGAAUGCGCUUGUUAAAUCUGCUCAACGCCACAAUUUACGUAAAGUUUAUUCUGAAGAAUUAAAGAUUAACAAAGUAACGGAUAUUUCAGAUCAUAUCAGGCUUGAUAAGUAUUUCAAUAAGUGGAAAUCUCAAAUACCUGAAGAGUAUGAAUAUGAAAGCUCUGAAACACCAAUUGCUGUUAUUCCUCAAAAAGAAAAUAAAUCAUCUCAAAAUUCUCCAAGACCAAUUGAUCAGAAGAGGAUAGGAAACACUCCAUUGAGUGAAGUUGAGGAUAUUCACACUUCUUCCUUGGAAAUCAUUCAAAAUGCAAAAAUUGUUGAAGAAGAGGAAGACAAAGAGUAUUAUGAAGAAGAGGAUGAAAUAUUUGUGGCCAAAAGAGAUGUUGAUUUAGAUAUGACAGAAGAUCAACAAAACUUUAAUUUUGAUUUUACAAAUUAUGAGACAGAACUAUCUAUUAUUUUAUGGAAUAUUUCAUCAGAAAUGUAUCCAUCUCAUUUUCCAGAAGUUGGAGAAUAUUUCUCUUUGAAACCAGAAUUAAGAAGCGAUUACGUCAAACCUGAAAAGGAACAACCGCAAAUAAUCGAAAAAUCUCCAGAAAAAGAGUAUAGUUAUUCGAGUGAUGACGAAAACGAAAAAUUAGAUUUCGAAAUUCCGGAAUCACCGAAGGAAGGUAAGCAUUCUGACUCCGAUUCUAUUCAUCUUGAAUCAUUAAGUGAUCCAUUCCCAGCAGAGCAACCAGAAAAUAUUGAAAAGAAAGAAAAAGUUUCGGAAUCAUCAGAAAAGCCACAAAAAAUGAUUCCUAUUGACGUUAAACCAGAAGAUACUUCUGAUUCUAGCUCAUAUUCAUCUUCUGGAGUGAUUGAAACUUCAGAUAAUAUUCCAAUUCCGAUUUCUGUUCAAGAAAAUGAAAAAGAACAACAAAAUGAAGAAGAAUAUUCAAAAGAAGAAGACUCUCCAGUCCCUGCUCAAACAGAAAACUUUAAUGAAUUGAUCAAAGAAAUUGAUUCUCAAAUCAAUGAAAAUAUUAAAGAUAUCUGUAAUAACUCGGUUAAAAUUGAUGUUGAAGGCGUUUUAUCAUUCCUUGAUGAUAAAUUAAAUCAAAUUGCAAUUACUCAGAGCGAAAAAGCAGAACAAGAAGCACAACAGAUUAAGCCUCAAAGUGGUGCUUCCCCUGCCAGUGAUAUCGAAUCUUUCUUCAACAUUUCUUUCAGUGGUUUAAUUUCUAGCGUAAUAGCAGCAUCAACUACAUUAGCUUUCAAUGUAAUUGAUACUACACGCGUAAGGAAGACAAAAAUCCACAAAAAGAAUAAGAAAGAAGACAUUACAUUCGAUGAAGAAGCUUCAAACCUAGUAGACGAUGCAUUUCAGUUUGCAGUUCAUAAUGCUUUCACACUAUCUAUGCCUGACUUGUAA